UUUAAGUAAAGAAUCUGUUUUAUGUUCUGUUUUGUUCUGUUCUCUUUCUCUGUUUCUGUAGAUAGAAGCCACACAUGGACAGGCUUCUAUCAUCGCCUUCACCUUCUUCCUUCAAUACUUUCAACAAAUCUUUCUCAUUUCUCACUCCAUUUCAAUCUGCAACUGCAAGAAUCAAUUUAUCUCCUUUAGCACGUUCCGACUUGAAGAGGGUCACCUCAAUUUGUUGCAAGAAUGAAAACCCUUCUCUUUUUUCAUCUUCAACUCCCUUUCUUGCAUCUUCCAAACACCCCAAUAGUUUCCCAUCCAUUUCCUCUUCUCCAGAUCGCUUCCCACCGGAACCCCAUUCUCUCAAUCAAAUCAAAACAGUGAAUUUCCAAAAGCCAAAGGCAAUACCAGCUCGGAUUCUUAUCACACUCUCUGCUCUUGCUUUGAUCUUAAUCCAACCUGCUAUUGCACCAGCAGCUUUUGCAACCUUUCAAACUGCUGCGAAGACUGGUGGUCCUGCUGCAGCUGCCGUGGGUGGAAAAUUAAUCCAAAGUGAGCUCCUAAGUAGUGGUUGGACUGGUUUCUUAGCUGGGUGCUUGCACACACUAUCAGGGCCUGACCACCUGGCCGCCUUGGCUCCAUUGUCAAUUGGUCGAACCCGAAUGGAGAGUGCUGCUGUUGGAGCCCUUUGGGGUUGUGGUCAUGAUGCUGGUCAGGUUCUUUUUGGGUUAAUAUUUUUAAUCCUGAAGGAUCAACUCCAUAUUGAAAUUAUCCGAACAUGGGGCACUAGAGUGGUGGGUCUAACCCUGCUAAUAAUUGGUGCCAUGGGAAUUAGAGAAGCUUCAGAAGUACAUACCCCGCGUGUUGCUUUAGAAAGUGGUGAAUGUGAUGUGAACGUGUAUGAAUCAGUCGAUAAUCCAACAGUAGGGAAAAAGAAGAUUGGAUUUGCUACUUUUGCCACUGGAAUAGUUCAUGGACUGCAACCGGAUGCAUUGAUGAUGGUGUUGCCUGCCCUUGCUCUGCCCUCUCGUUUAGCAGGUGCUGCGUUUCUCAUCAUGUUCUUAAUUGGAACUGUGAUUGCCAUGGGAAGCUAUACUGUGUUUAUAGGUUCGUGUAGCCAGGCACUGAAAGAUAGAGUACCUAGGAUAACCGAGAAACUCACUUGGGCUUCUUCCCUUAUUGCAAUAGCCCUUGGAUUGGCUAUCAUUGUUAGCCAGUUUUUUGGGUUUAGUUUGUAUUAAGUUAUCUUUAAUCAGCUUGAUCUUUUUUCCCCACGAAUGGUAUUUAGAAAAGGUAAAUUCUUUAGACAGAAAAUUGGUUGUCAAGAGGAAUUACAUCAUCGAGACAACUUGUGUAAUUGGUUGUUAAAUAUCUUCUUUGCAUUUGAAUGUGUAUAAGUAUAUGUAAGUUCAAUGAUUCUGUUGCUGAG